GGCCCCGCCCCCCGGAGCCCCGAGCACCUGCAGCCCGAGUCCGGGAGGUCCAAGAUGGCGCUGCUGGGUCGCGUCUUCCUCGUUCGGGGCCGCGGCCCUCGGCGGCUUUUCCAUCUAUAAAUUGGGGAUAACAGCAGAAUUCACCAUAUAGGAUUGUUGUGAGUUUUUCAGUUAUGGAACACAAAUAUUGUAUCAAAACAAUGAAGCUUUUCAGUCUAAAUUCUUCCCACCCCUUCAAAAAGCGAUGCUACCGCCCAAUAGUUUUCAAGGAAAAGUGGCAUUUAUUACGGGAGGAGGUACUGGCCUUGGUAAAGGAAUGACAGCCCUUCUGUCCAGCCUGGGUGCUCAGUGUGUGAUAGCCAGCCGAAACAUUGACGUUUUAAAAGAUACCGCGGAACAAAUUUCUUCUCAGACUGGAAAUAAGGUUCAUGCAAUUCAGUGUGAUAUUAGGAAUCCUGAAAUGGUGCAAAAGACUGUGUCGGAAUUGAUUAAAGUUGCAGGACAUCCUGCUAUUGUGAUAAACAACGCAGCAGGGAAUUUUAUUUCUCCCACUGAAAGACUCUCUGCUAAUGCUUGGAGGACCAUAACUGACAUAGUUCUAAAUGGUACUGCCUAUGUGACGUUAGAAAUUGGAAAGCAACUAAUUAAAGCACAGAAAGGAGCAGCAUUUCUUGCUAUCACAACCAUCUUUGCAGAGAGUGGGUCAGGUUUUGUAGUACCAAGUGCUUCUGCCAAAGCAGGAGUGGAAGCCAUGAACAAGUCUCUUGCAGCUGAAUGGGGUAAAUACGGAAUGCGAUUUAACGUGAUUCAACCAGGGCCUAUAAAAACAAAAGGUGCCUUUAGCCGUCUUGACCCAACUGGAACAUUUGAGAAAGAUAUGAUCGACCGAAUUCCGUGCGGUCGGCUGGGAACUGUGGAAGAACUUGCGAACCUUGCCGCUUUCCUUUGUAGUGAUUAUGCUUCUUGGAUCAAUGGGGCAGUCAUUAGAUUUGACGGUGGAGAGGAAGUAUUUAUUUCAGGGGAAUUCAACAGUCUGAGGAAGGUCACCAAGGAGGAGUGGGACAUAAUAGAAGGACUCAUCAGGAAGACAAAAGGCUCCUGAGAUGACUCUGGCCUUCAUCUUGGUUAUGAUGGAAAUGAUACAAUCUAUGAUCUUUUGAAUUAUUUUCAAGUCUAAUAAAUUGUUAAAUAACAAA